AUGUACCCCUUUCUGAGCCUCGUCCAGGUGAUCCCCAAGGGACAGCUGGUCCUGUCCAAGGUGGCGGAGACGGAGGCAAAGACGCUGGGAGGCAUCCUGCUGCCUUCCAGUGCCCAGCGGGCCCCGACCUCAGGCGAUGUGGUGGCGGUGGGCGACGGCCGGCUGCCUGACCGGACGCACGAGUUCACCCUCUCCCCCGGCGACACCAUCCUCUACUCCAAGUUUGGCAUCGGGGUGACGGAGCUGGAGGUGGCGGGGGAGGCCCACAUCCUGAUCCGGGAGGAGGACGUGCUGGGCACGCUGCCCUCCAGCGGCGCCACCGCCGCCGAUGUGCCCCGGCUUCAGCCCCUGCACGACCGCGUGCUGGUGAAGGUGCAGGAGUCCGCCGGCGUCAGCAUCGGCGGCGUGCUGCUGCCGGACAGCGCCCGCUCCAAGCCGCUGAGCGGUGAGGUGGUGGCCGUGGGGCCGGGCAAGUUUGACAAGGACGGCGCGCGCAUCCCCCCGCGCCUCCAGAAGGGGGACAAGGUCGUCUACUUCAAGUACGCUGGAGACAGCAUGGAGACGCCGGAGGGUGUCAAGUAUGUCGUGCUGCAUGAGCAGGAUGUGCUGUGCAAGGUGGUGUCGCCGGCCGAUGGCAGCCCCACCCCUAGCCAGGCCCAGGACCCCACAUCCCUGCACCUGGCCAGCGUGGACAACCACAUACUAGUGCGCAUACUGCAUAGCAUUGAGCACUGGUGGGAUCGCAUCCGAGCCGCACAGGUUCUGCUGUGCAUAACCACCAGCAAGUUGAACGAGCAGGGGAUGGCGCGGAGGACCCACCAGCUCACCUGGUUUGCUGCCCGGCACGACUGGUUUCGGAGCCUGGCCCUGACCCUGUUCCUGGACUCCGAUGAGGGGGAGGCCGAGCUGGUGACCUAUUUCUACGGCCUGCUGGGGAUUCUGGGUCCUCACCUUGAACACCUGGCGCUGGGAGUCAACAACGACCAUGAGGUCGCCUCGUCUGGCAGCGAGGGUGGGGAUUACAGCGCCCCCGAGCCCUACCUGCUGGGAGAGGGGGGGGCAUGGAUAGCCCUGCUGCCACGCCUCCAGAGCCUCACUCUCCUGACCGCGAACUACCCCGAUCCACAGCACAUGCCUUCAGGUCUGCAACAGCUGGAGCUGCCCGCCAGUGCCGAAGGCAGCCUGGACCCCCGGCUGGGAGCCCUGGGUGGGCUGCAGGACCUGACCGUGCACAGGCUGUGCCUGGACGACAACACCCUGGCCGCCCUGGCCCAGCUGCCGGGGCUGCGAUCCCUCACCCUCCCCGGCGUCGAGCUGGAGGGGCUGGGUGCUUCCGUCCCCGGAUGCCUGGCCCUGCCCGACCUGGAGUGCCUGGAUGUGUACUCCUGGCACGCGCGGCACCGCCUCCCCGACGCGUCCCUGGCCUUCCUGCGCCGACUGCCCUCCCUCCGCUCGCUCACCCUGCGAGGCUGCGGGCUGGAGCAGGUGCCGGGGGCGGUGCGCGACCUGCCCCUGCGCCGGCUGCUCUGCGGCGGCAACCGCAUGCACGCCGCCGACUUCAUCCCCGCCGGGCGGUACCUUGCCACGCUGCACAUGCUGGGCUUCAGCAGCCAGGGGCGCGACGCCUUGGGCUCCGGCGCGGCCAAGCGCCGGGCAGUGGAGCCGGCCGGGGCCAUGGCGACCAGCUGGCGGCGUGCAGGUGCACCCCCCCCCGCGCCCGCCUUCUCAGAGCUGUGUGAGAAGCUGGAGGGCGCCACAUCCCUGGAGGUCCUGCGCAUCAACAGGAAUCCCGGCCUGAUCCUGGAGGAGGCCGGUGUGGCUCGUUUCCUGGAGAACAAGCCGCGCUUCUGGAAGUUUGAGCUGUCAAAGUGCAUGUGGGAGUCGGCGGCAGUGGCCCAGCAAAUCAGGGCUGCCCACCCACACAUCAAGUUCCUGGAGGUGGACUGA